UUGACCUGGCUUUCUGUUCUCCCCCAUACUUCUCUCAAAACUGUUCCCUGCAUUUUCAGCUAAAACUGGCCACACCCAUUUGAGAUUUUAGCUCCAGAUUCCAAGCCAAGAACAGAAAGAGGAAAAAAGAACAGAACUUGGAGCCACCCAGAAUUCGAUUUUGGUAUAUCAUUCAAGUUCACAGUGAUUUUCAGUUGGUCAACAAGGUCAAGAUGCUUCUGAGCUUGAUGGCUAACGUGGAGAUCAAUUAGUAUCAAGAGGGGUCUGUGUAUUAGGGAAUCAAUUGCUUAUGAUGCUUGGUGUAGUAUUGUAGUUGAAGAAAGCCAUGGUUCGAGUGACUUCAUUUUUUAUGGGUUCCUUUCUUGUUUGGGCAAUUUUGGUGCUUGAUUUGGUGCGUAAGGCUUCUGGCAAUGCGGAAGGUGAUGCCCUGAAUGCAUUGAAGAGUAACUUGCUUGAUCCUAACAAUGUUCUUCAAAGCUGGGAUGCAACCCUUGUCAAUCCAUGCACAUGGUUUCACGUUACAUGCAACAGUGAUAAUAGUGUGACCCGUGUUGAUCUUGGAAAUGCUGACCUUUCUGGUCAACUGGUUCCACAGCUUGGUCAGCUCUCAAAUUUGCAGUACUUAGAACUUUAUAGUAACAAUAUAAGUGGAAAAGUCCCUGAUGAGCUUGGAAAUUUAACCAACUUGGUGAGCUUGGAUCUUUACUUGAACAGGUUAACUGGUUCCAUUCCGAAUACAUUGGGCAAGCUUGGAAAACUACGUUUCCUGCGUCUCAAUAAUAACAGCUUGUCAGGAGGUAUUCCCAUGACUCUAACAACUGUUGCUACACUACAAGUUCUUGAUCUCUCAAACAACCAGCUAAAAGGGGAUAUCCCAGUGAAUGGCUCAUUUUCAUUAUUUACCCCCAUCAGUUAUCAAAAUAAUCCUGACUUGAUACAACCAAAAAACAAUCCAGGAACACUUUCUCCACCGCCAUCAGCUUCUUCAGGUAACAGUAAUACUGGAGCUAUUGCUGGAGGAGUUGCUGCUGGUGCUGCUCUGUUGUUUGCAGCCCCUGCAAUUGCACUUGCUUAUUGGCGAAGAAGGAAACCUCAGGAUCAUUUCUUUGAUGUUCCUGCUGAGGAGGAUCCUGAAGUUCACCUUGGUCAGCUUAAAAGGUUUUCUCUGCGUGAGCUGCAAGUUGCAACAGAUAACUUUAGUAACAAACACAUUCUGGGUAGAGGUGGAUUUGGAAAAGUUUAUAAAGGACGCUUAGCCGAUGGCACUCUUGUAGCAGUAAAAAGACUUAAAGAGGAGCGUACACAGGGUGGGGAGCUGCAAUUUCAAACAGAAGUGGAAAUGAUUAGCAUGGCCGUGCAUCGUAAUUUGCUUCGGCUUAAAGGUUUUUGCAUGACACCUACUGAACGUUUGCUUGUGUAUCCUUUCAUGGUUAACGGAAGUGUAGCAUCUUGUUUACGAGAACGCCAAGAAUCUGAAGCGCCGCUUGACUGGCCAAUCCGGAGGCGCAUUGCGCUAGGAGCUGCAAGGGGACUUGCUUAUUUGCAUGAUCAUUGUGACCCUAAAAUUAUUCAUCGUGAUGUCAAAGCUGCAAAUAUAUUAUUGGACGAGGAAUUUGAAGCAGUUGUUGGAGAUUUUGGUUUAGCAAAACUUAUGGAUUACAAAGAUACUCAUGUUACUACUGCAGUACGUGGUACGAUUGGGCAUAUAGCACCAGAGUACCUCUCAACAGGAAAGUCUUCAGAGAAGACUGAUGUUUUUGGAUACGGUGUGAUGCUUCUUGAACUAAUAACUGGACAGAGGGCUUUUGAUCUAGCACGACUUGCCAAUGAUGAUGAUGUGAUGUUGCUUGAUUGGGUUAAAGGACUUCUCAAAGACAAGAAGUUGGAAACAUUGGUAGAUGCAGAUUUACACGGAAAUUAUGAAGAUGAGGAGGUAGAGCAGUUAAUCCAAGUGGCCUUACUAUGCACGCAAGGCUCCCCUAUGGAAAGACCCAAGAUGUCUGAGGUGGUCAGAAUGCUAGAAGGUGAUGGUUUGGCUGAAAAAUGGGAACAAUGGCAGAAAGAGGAGAUGUUCCGGCAAGAUUUUAACCACAACAUGCAUCAUCCUAAUGCAAAUUGGAUAGUAGAUUCAACUUCACAUAUCCAGCCAGAUGAACUAUCAGGUCCUAGAUGAUACUUUGAACAUUCUGCAGAUAAGUGAAGACACAAUCCUGCCUGACCAUGCUUUCUGUUGGGAAGGGAUGUACUUCUGAUUUGUACAUAUGAUUUUCACCCCCCCUCUACUUUUCCUUUUCUUUUCAUCUUUUUGAAAUUAUCUUUGUAUGUUCAGAUUACAUGCCCAUUGAUCAGGUUGUGAUUAUUAAAGAAGGAAGUUUGUAAUUUCUAUUGGGUUAUCAAAUUGCAGGAUAAAGUUUAGGCCACAAGCAAACAUCACUUUUGUCAUUGUGUGUAAGAGAAAUUAGUAUAGAGCUUUAUGGAAAUAAAUGCAAUUCUAUUAUCGUUUUAAGAUAAGUAUAUUUCAGUAU